AUGUCUAUUACUUCUCGGUUCGCCGAGAUCAUCAAAUGGUAUCCUAAGGGGAUGCCAUUAUUGGAGAGAAGGCUCGUUCAAAAGAUUGAUUUGCUGGUCCUGGUCUAUGCCUGUUUGGCCUUCUUCACCAAGUACCUCGACGUGUCGGCAUUAAACAACGCGUACGUGUCCGGAAUGAAGGAGGACCUACACCUAACCGGAGACCAGCUGAACUACAUCAACGCGGCUUAUGAGGUUGGGUACACGGUGUUUCAGAUUCCAAGUAACAUCAUCCUCACUCGCAUUCCCGCACACUACUACCUUCCUGGCGCAGAAGUCUUCUGGGGACUCUUUACACUUGGAACCGCGUUUGUGACCGACUACAAACAACUGGCUGUAAUGCGAUUCUUUGUGGGAUUAAGUGCCACAUCGACCUAUAUCGGGUGCCUGCAUGUCAUCAAUUCAUGGUACAAAAAGAAUGAGCUUGGAAAGCGGAACGCCAUAUACUUUUGUGCGAACCCCCUCGGCACAAUGUUUGCAGGUUAUUUGCAAGCUGCAGCAUAUACAAACCUUCACAACGUGAAUGGGUUGCAAGGCUGGAGGUGGUUGUUCAUCAUUUGCACGGUCAUCACAAUCCCCAUUGCCUUCGUCGGAUUCAUCUUCUUCCCUGACGUUCCGGAACGUACGACAACCCGCUGGCUCACCGACGAAGAAAAGGAGCUGGCAAGGACACGCAUCAAGGCCGACGGAUUCCAGAAACGUAUUGGCUUGAAUCGCAGCAUCUGGAAGCGGCUCUUCAAGAACUGGAGAAUGUACGCUUUCGUUCUGCUGGGUUUGUCUCUGUCAAACAGCAUUUACGGUGCAGGUCUUCCAUUCAUCCUCUGGCUCAAGUCUCAGCCAGAGAGGUACGACACUGCAAUGGUCAAUAAUCUGGGCACCGUCUCUUCAGCCGUUACGGUCGUGUCUGCCAUUAUUGUGGCCUUUUGGAUUGAUCUGCGCCAGAAGAGGUAUCAGCCCGCACUUCUAUUUGCCAUUCUGCUCAUCUUCUCCAAUGUUGUUCUCACAGUUUGGGACGUACCGUACGGGCUUCACUUCUUUGCCUACCUCGCCCUUGGGGCAGGCGUUGGCGGCUUUCCAGUUGUCUCAACUUGGAUUGCGGAUGUGUUUUCUGAAGAUGCCGAAGCUCGUGCCAUUGUAUUUGCUGUGAGAAAUACGCUGGGGGAGGUUUGUAGUCUGGUUGUCCCACUGGUUGCCUGGCCCGUUUCACGCGGACCAAAGUUCAGGGGGGGCUACAUCUGGGUGAGUACUUUCUUUCACAUUAUCUUCUGUAUAUUUGACUCACAGUAA